AUGUUCGUACUUGUAGUUAAAAAUGGGACGCGGUCUCAGUCUGACUCCCGAAGUUUUAUCUCGUUCUCCGCAAUAUUGUGUGUGGCGACAUGGCGCAAAGGCGCGGAGAGCGCGGAGGGGGGAAGCGAGUGCGUCCGUCCUCCCGCGCCGCCACCGCAUCAUCAGUCCGCGUCGGAGAGUUGCCCGCGACGCUUGUCUGCGAGCUCGAUCCCUCAGAUACGCUGCUGGUUUACGGCGUGCCGUAACACGACACGUUUGGAGGGACCGUCACUGUUUCAGUGUGCCUGGUGCUCUGUGAACUGGAUACUGUGCCUGAAGUGUUGUGACAAUGUAUAUGUGCUGAACUAUCCUAUUUCCGUCUAUCACUUAAGGAUUGUUUCAACAAAUAUACCCAGUUCCGGAUCAGCUCAACCGAUCACCGUGAUGAAAGUGGUGAGUCUACAAUUGCCGUCGGGGCCAAGCAUGGAGCGGUUACCGCUGCCAUUUAGUCCAACGGAGCUUUUAUGGCGGUAUCCAUUACCGUGGGCGCCGCCACCUCCAUCACCUCUGGGUGAUACCAAAGCCCAACUACCAGUUGGUCUCCCGCCAGAACCAAGAUUAUGGACAAGAGAAGACGUUGCAGUUUUCUUAAAAUGGUGCGAGAGAGAAUUCGAUUUGCCAAACUUCGAUAUGGAUCUCUUCCAAAUGAAUGGAAAAGCUCUUUGCCUUUUAACUAAAACAGACUUGGGCGAACGUUGUCCAGGCGCAGGAGAUGUUUUACACAACGUUUUGCAAAUGCUAGUACGUGACGCUGCACUACUUGGCAGGGUUCCAUCAUCUCCAGUAACGCCUACUGCCCGAGCGGCACCAUAUCCUCCAUCCCCACAUUCGCAUCCGCCAACUCCGACCUGGGCUGUCGAUGGCUUCCACCACUUCCACAGCGCAGCUGCAGCUGCUGCUCAACCCAAUUCUGUAACCUUAAGCCCAGCUCCAUCGGUCGAUAGUUCUGGCAGCCCACAAAGAGGAGAAACAUUAAGCUAUGCUUCUGCAUAUGCACCUCCAGUUCCAGUGCAAGCCGCAAGCUCUGGUAGCAAUCACUCUGACUCAGAUGACGAAGCUCAGUUUGCUCCGCCUCCGCGCUCACCGAAAGAAACUCCCUUAACAAGCCCAGCACCGCAAACUCACUCUGCGUCCCAACAUACACAUUACCGCGCACAGCACAGGGAAUUCUUUCCAAAUGAUAUGCCCGAGUCAAACACAAAUGGUAGAUUAUUGUGGGAUUUCCUACAGCAACUAUUAAAUGACCCGACGCAACGAUACACAAAUUACAUUGCGUGGAAAAAUCGCGAUACUGGUGUUUUCAAGAUCGUCGACCCGGCAGGACUCGCAAAGCUUUGGGGCAUUCAAAAAAAUCAUUUGUCUAUGAACUACGACAAGAUGUCACGUGCACUUAGAUACUAUUAUCGCGUUAACAUUUUACGAAAAGUUCAAGGAGAGCGCCAUUGUUACCAAUUUUUGCGGAACCCUACAGAACUUAAAAACAUAAAAAACAUCUCUCUCUUGAGGCAACAAAUGAGUCCAACGAGAGUUACUCCGCAAUCUGUAGUCAAAACUGAAAUGAAAGAAGAACGUUGCGAAGAUGAACAUGUGGAAGAAGAUAUGCCAACAGAUUUGAGUAUGGCUGCAUCAGAACCUUGGAGAAAACGUGCCCGGUCCGAUAACUCACAGCCCAGCUUAACUCACGACAAACAUCGUAUCAGUGCUUUAAUUGGCGAGAGUAUGAUGAUGAAACGUGAAUCCGAGUACAACCCAGAACAUUAUGCUCUUAAUUUAAAAAGUGAAAAAUGUGAACAAUGA